AUUUUUCAUCGAUAUAUCGAAAUGAACUGGUCGUGUGCUAAUAUGUAAUACAUUUGCUCUCAUAAAAACAUAGAAGGGCCUCAAAUACUGUCUUAAAAAUGGAAGAAUACGCUCGAGAACCUUGCCCAUAUAGAAUUGUAGACGAUUGUGGUGGUGCUUUUGCUAUGGGGUGCAUUGGAGGCGGCGUAUUUCAAGCAAUCAAAGGAUUUCGUAAUGCCCCUUCUGGCAUUCACAGAAGAUUGAUCGGAAGUAUAAUUGCCAUAAAAACUCGUUCACCCGUCAUAGCUGGAAAUUUUGCUGUGUGGGGUGGGAUGUUCAGCACUAUUGAUUGCACACUCGUCCAAUUUCGAAAAAAGGAAGAUCCUUGGAAUUCAAUAAUAAGUGGAGCCGCAACUGGAGGUAUAUUAGCUGCAAGAAAUGGCGUUCCAGCCAUGGCAGGAAGUGCGAUAAUAGGAGGCGUUCUCUUGGCUCUUAUCGAAGGCGUUGGAAUACUAUUUACUAGAAUAUCUGCUGAUCAGUUUAAAAAUCCAGUUCCACCAACAGAAGAUCCUGCGGCUCUUGGAGAUGGAGGAAGUAAUUUUUCGUUUGGGUCAACUUCCAAUCAAAAACAAUAUCAAUAAAAUAUUAAAAUUUUAAGAACAGCAAAAAUCUAUUACAUAAAAUGAAAAGUA